AUGAAAUCAAGCAUUAAAUGUAGGUUGGAAGAAAUAUAGUUGUUAAAUAUUAAUCAAAAAUAAAGUAAAAAAAUAAGUAAUUACGAAAAACAAUUAAGUGGCAAAAACAAAAGUAAGAAAGUAAUAAAAAAUAUAUAUAAUUAUUAAUAAAAUCAAAGAGCAAACAAGAAAACUUGCGCUAAAUUGGGCAAAUAGUUAUAAACGCCAGAUAUAAAUAAUAUUUUAAGAGAAACAAAUUAGACAAAAACUUAAGUAGAAACAGCAGCAGAGCACCUCUUAGCUACUAAUAAAAAAAAGCAUAUUUCUAAGAGCAACUUCCACAAAAUUUUAUCAUACCUAAUUUAGCCAUUCAGAAAGCUCAUUUAACAAACUUAGUCUUAUUAAAACCUGCAAAAUCCUUCCAUACAAAUGAUUAGAUAAAGAAGUUUCGUAACUAACAACAAGGAAAACAACGCUGUCAUCAGCAAUAUCGAGAGCGAGAAUUUAGAUGAAAAGGAUAAAUCUCAAUAUUCCUACGGAAAGAUCUAAGGAGUCAUCUCUACUGCUUCUACUAACGCCAGCUAAGGUUUGAAAAGCAUUCCUGCUAGCAAUAACAAUUACAACAAUAAUAAUGCUAAAAAAUCUAUUUAAACUCAGAAUAGUAUUCUCAUGGAGGAAGACUAUUGCUAUGAAAGCACUGAUUCCUAGAAGGGCCAAGAUGCAAACGGAUCCUACGGCUCUAACGGAAAUAACAGUCACAAUUCUACUAAUGGAAACUCUAACUCUAAGGGAUAGACUUACACCAGCAGCAUAACUGCUUAGAUGCUCCUUAACGACGUUAGAGCCUUAGCUGCUUAGAACUUAAAGACUGAAUAAAAUCUCCGCGAUCUAUAGAAGAAGAUUAAUCUCUAAAAGAACAAGAGAUUCACUCAAUACACUUAAGACAAUAAAGAAAAUGUCUACAUGGGACCAGGUGACAAGAAAAUCUCCAGAAAUAACAGUUAAAAGGACCAGUGUAAUCUUUCUUAAAACGAAAACUAUUAAAGCAAUCCCUACACAAACAAAAACAAUUUAUCCAUGAAUAACAAUAAAAUAUUGAACAACAACAACAACAAUAACUACUAAAAGUAAUAACAGUAGUAAGCUCCUGUCCUUAACUAAAUCACAAGCAACUAUUAGAAUCAUGCUUAGAAGUAAUAAAUCUCAUAAAAUAUUGGUAGUGAAUAAAACUUUUUGUAAGGGUAGAACUAACUAAACCUAAAGAACAAUAAAAUACCUAAUUAGAAACCUCAAAUAGUUGAAUAAAUUAAACAAUAAAAUAUUUAACAAAUUGCUCCUAUUGCCGCUGAAUAACUUAAGAAAGUACAAAACAAUAAGAAAAUUGAUGGCUUAAACCUCUCUGAUUAACAAGGAAAUAAAAGAUAAAUUCUAAAACAGAAGAUCCAAUAAGAAGAACAAUAAAAAAGAGAAGGCGAUAACUAAGCCUAAGAAUCCGACUAGUAAAACGCCGAUUACCAAUACAAAGUUGACAAACUCUACAGAGAAGAAUCAUUUACAACAAGACUUGCAAGACUCAUUAUCAACGAAAAUUACUCCUUCGACAUUCUUAACCACAUCAUACAAAGAGAGCCUUAAACAGUCCCCAAGAAUUGCCUCUAAAAUCAUGAUAUCUCUUAUUAAUUAAGAGCCAAGAUGGUUGACUGGAUGAUUGAAGUCAUGAAAUCCUAUAAAUGCUCAGAAGAAACUUACUUUAUGGCUGUCAGAAUUAUGGACUCUUUCUUGGAGAAAUGCAAAUAAAAGAAAUCACCAUUAGAUAUCCACUUAAUUGGUGUCACUUGCAUUUUUAUUGCAAGUAAGUAUGAAGAAAUUUACCCAUUACGUAUAUAAAUCAUUGAAGAGAGAAUUUCCCACAAUAAAUUGUCACAAGAACAAAUCAAGUAGACUGAGGCAGAAAUCUUAAAUACUUUAGAUUUCAAAUUACUAGGAACUUCUCCUUAUGAAAUUGCUAUGUAAACUCUUACAUUAAUUGGACUUUAGGACAAAUUAAGCCACGAAGAAUUCUAAUACUGCCACAGAGUCUGCUUAUAUCUUUGCAAGAUGAUUCUCUACGACUACGAAUACUUCAAGAGCAUCCCAUACUCUGUCUCUGCUGCAUCUAUUAUGUACAUUGUCUUCAAAAUUUUCAACUAAAUGAUCUAAGAAUUCUCCGCUGAUGUUAUUAUUUAAACUGUCAUUCAAAUCCUUCAAGUCGAUAAAAACACCUUGAUUCAAUCUAGUGCAAGAAUCUUAAAUUUAGCCAAAAACUUUGAUGAAUACUUCCCUGAUUUGAAGAACCUCAAAAAAUUCAAUGGAUUCGAAACUACAGGAGAAUCUAACUCUAUCUAAGAUUCAAAAAGACAUAAGGAAAGAAGUGAAAGCAGCCAAAAUGAUAAAUAAGGCCUUAAUUUAAAGCAAAACGAUAAAUAAAAAUUAGAAGAAAUUUCCUCUAAAGCUAUGUAAGUAGAAAAGUAACAAGAAUGA